CAGAAUAGAAAUACCCACAGCCCCCAAAAACCUUCCAUUACUAAUGUUAUACUGCCAAUUCAAUUCAACUCAAUCCAAUUCCUCUUCUUUCUCCCAAAUCAAUAAAAGAAUCCCUAAAAUUCUGCAGAAGUCACAGAAAACCCCAAGUCCACUCCUCUUUAGCUAUGGCAAUAAUUGAGUACAAGCCAGUUUUAUCCGUCUUUCUAUUAUCUCUCUGUUUAAUUGUGCCUUUCACUCGAGCCACCGAUGUUCGUUAUUGCGAUAAGAAGGCCGAUUACGAUGUGAAAGUCAAAGGAGUAGAGAUAUCGCCGAACCCGGUCGUGAGGGGGCAGCAAGCCACCUUCAGUAUCUCUGCAUCCACAGGUAAAGCAAUCUCUGGGGGCAAACUUAUCAUUGAAGUUUCGUACUUUGGAUGGCAUAUCCAUAGUGAGACUCAUGAUCUUUGUGAUGAGACUUCUUGCCCUGUUUCUGAUGGCAAUUUCAUAGUGUCUCACUCCCAAGUUUUACCGGGAUUUACUCCUCCUGGUUCAUAUUCUCUGACCAUGAAGAUGUAUGAUGGUAAAAAGCAUGAGCUGACGUGCAUUGCAUUUGAUUUCAGCAUCGGAUUUGCAUCAUCUGUUCAAGAUAGUUAAGUGCCCAAGGAACAACUUUUCAGUCUGUUUACAAUCAGCAUGUACAAAGAAAUCUUCAUAUUAUGUACCUUGCAGAUAUUUCAUAUUGCUAUACUGUACUUUUUUUAGGGUUUUCGGAGAUGAGUAAUAAAGCUAUGGAUAAUGUAUGAAAUAUCUUUUACAUCUAUUAAGUUGCCCUUCAUAUGUA